GAGUUUGUGCCUCUCGGGCUGCCGUCCUGCGGGUCCGCCAUAUUGUCUGCUGAAGCUGCCGCUGAAGCUGCCGCCGCCAAGUCUGAGCGAGCGGAGCCGCGAUGGAGUGAUUGUUGUUCAGCCCAGUCCUGUGAGGAUGCUGCCAAAAUAUGAGCAGCCUUGUAAUUUCAUUCUGAACCGAUCCAGUUGUUGAGGAAUCUCUUCCGUUGUCUGGUGAUUGGCAGUUCUUACAGGCUUGCAGAGACCAUGGCAAGCCCAGGGAAAGAUAAUUAUCGAAUGAAGAGCUAUAAGAACAAUGCCCUGAACCCUGAGGAAAUGAGGCGAAGACGAGAGGAAGAGGGCAUUCAGCUCCGGAAGCAGAAGCGAGAGCAACAACUUUUUAAGCGGAGAAAUGUGGAGCUAAUUAAUGAAGAAGCUGCCAUGUUUGAUAGUCUCCUCAUGGACUCCUAUGUGAGCUCUACCACUGGGGAGAGUGUAAUCACAAGAGAGAUGGUGGAAAUGCUCUUUUCUGAUGAUUCUGACCUGCAAUUAGCAACCACACAGAAAUUCCGGAAACUGCUUUCCAAAGAGCCUAGUCCUCCAAUAGAUGAAGUUAUCAACACUCCAGGGGUAGUGGAUCGGUUUGUGGAGUUUCUGAAGAGGAAUGAAAAUUGUACAUUACAGUUUGAAGCUGCCUGGGCUCUGACAAACAUUGCCUCUGGAACCUCCCAGCAAACCAAAAUUGUCAUUGAAGCAGGGGCUGUUCCCAUUUUCAUAGAGCUGCUUAACUCGGACUUUGAGGAUGUACAAGAACAGGCAGUCUGGACACUGGGAAACAUAGCUGGAGACAGCUCUGUUUGCCGGGAUUACGUCUUGAACUGUUCCAUCCUGAAUCCUUUAUUAACACUCCUUACCAAGUCCACACGACUGACAAUGACACGGAAUGCAGUCUGGGCUCUGUCAAACCUCUGCCGAGGGAAAAAUCCACCCCCAGAGUUUGCAAAGGUCUCCCCUUGUCUGCCUGUGCUGUCUCGCCUACUCUUCAGCAGUGACUCAGACUUACUGGCAGAUGCCUGCUGGGCCCUCUCUUACCUGUCUGAUGGCCCCAAUGAGAAGAUCCAGGCCGUCAUUGACUCUGGAGUCUGCCGGAGAUUGGUAGAGCUUCUGAUGCACAAUGAUCACAAAGUGGCUUCACCUGCCUUGAGAGCUGUGGGUAACAUUGUCACUGGGGAUGACAUCCAGACCCAGGUCAUUCUCAACUGUUCAGCCCUUCCUUGCCUCCUCCACCUACUGAGCAGCCCCAAGGAGUCAAUCCGGAAGGAAGCUUGCUGGACCAUUUCAAAUAUUACUGCUGGCAAUAGGGCUCAAAUACAGGCUGUCAUAGAUGCAAAUAUCUUCCCUGUGUUGAUUGAAAUCCUUCAGAAAGCAGAGUUCCGAACAAGAAAAGAGGCUGCCUGGGCCAUCACCAAUGCCACGUCAGGAGGAACCCCUGAGCAGAUCAGAUAUCUGGUCUCAUUGGGCUGCAUCAAACCUCUGUGUGACUUGCUGACCGUGAUGGAUUCAAAGAUUGUGCAAGUGGCCCUCAAUGGACUGGAGAACAUCCUGCGGCUUGGAGUGCAGGAGGGCAAACGCAGCGGCUCAGGAGUCAAUCCCUACUGUGGUCUCAUCGAGGAAGCCUAUGGCUUGGAUAAAAUUGAGUUUCUCCAGAGCCAUGAGAACCAAGAGAUCUACCAGAAGGCCUUCGACCUCAUCGAGCACUACUUCGGUGUAGAAGACGAUGAUAGCAGCCUGGCUCCCCAAGUAGAUGAAACGCAACAGCAGUUCAUCUUCCAGCAGCCUGAGGCCCCCAUGGAGGGCUUCCAGCUAUAAUGUCUGCCUCCGGGGAGGGGAAGGGCUGGGGAGCAUCACCAGUCAGCAGAAGAGCAGCCCUUUGGUGGGCGGGGAGCCAGCCCCCCACCGUCAGC